AUGACAGAUGGUGGACCUCAGUUUACCAGCUCUGAAUUCAAAAAAUUUUUGGGCAGAUGGGGUGUUCAACAUGUGAUGUCCACACCCCACUAUCCCCAAAGCAAUGGCCAUGCUGAAGCAGCUGUAAAGAAGGUCAAACAUUUUAUCCUAAAGGUAGCACCUUCCGGGAAUAUCGACACCGAAGACUUUGACAGAGGAUUGUUGGAGAUACGGAAUACUCCUAACUAUGCUGGCCGUUCUCCAGCACAGAUAUUAUAUGGCCAAGCCCUCCGAUCAUGUGUCCCAGCCCAUGCAUCAUCAUUCAAGCAGGAAUGGCAAGCGAAAGCAGAAUACGAACGUCGUGUAGCAUCAUGUUUUCAGCAGCCAAAAAUACGGUAUGACAGCCAUGCACACCCUUUGGCACCACUUAAGCUUGAUGAUAAUGUCCGGAUUCAAAACCCUAUCUCUAAGGCGAUGGGAUAA